UUUUUUUCUUAAUAAAAAAACUACGCGAAGUUUUCACAGACUUGUCUUUUGUUUUUUCUCUUUCUUUAACUUUUUGCUGUCAAAACAGCCCGUCUUGUUGCACUUUCCGAACUGAAUUUGAAUGGAUGAAGAACCACAUGUCUACUCACGAAACACAACAUUAUGUUUCUAGCAUCCCCGUUAAAACCAAGAAAGAUACUUAUCUUUUUCGCGAUGCAUCUUCAGCCUUACAUCCACCAAAGCGGCCCAAGAUCACCAGCGAGAAUAUUUCCACAUUAUCCCCAGUUGCAACUAUAAUAAACCCUUAUAAUGAGCAUUUGUCGCCAGAGCAUAAACACCUUGCAAAACAGCAAUUUACGGAUCAAGAAAACAUGGUGUCAUUAAAACAAUAUCCAACAACAUACAACAUGCUGAAGCCGGCCUUGGAUGCGGAAUUACCAAAUUUGCCUCACUUUCUUUGGACAUUUGUACAACCUAAUGACAUUAUGGCUCACAACGCAACCCUGAUCAAAAUCAUUCAAUUCGUUUUAACCGACUUCUGCAGCAAAUGUCAUUGCAACGCGUUCUAUCAGUCAAAAUUUGAACGUACUUGUUAUGAUUAUAGUCAUCCUUACAACUAAGUUAAUAGAAAUAAAC